AGAGUCCCACGGCGCGUGCACCGCUCAUCUAAGGCUCCGGUUGUUUACAGCUCGGAGGUGUUUGGUAGCGACCAGCUGCCAGAUGCCGGUUCUGCCCCCCGCAGCUCGGCGCCGCACCCCGUCCUCCUCCCCGCACACUAACGCUCCGCUCGGUUCUUCUUCGCGCUCCGGUCCGGUCGCGUCACGAACGUGCUGCAUUAUUAAAGCUGUCCAACAUGCCCAUGUUGCUGCGCUCCAGAAAGUCCAUCCACCCCGGCAGCGGGGCGGAGGACACUGAGGCAGAGCUACCGGACACCACACCGGCUACAACACGGAGAAGGUCGACCCGCCUGCCCGGGAGGACGACGUACGAGGAGUCCGAUCACUCAGAGACCGAGUCUGUCCGCAGCCUAGCGAUGGAGAGCGUCCUCAGUCCCCCGCCUGAAGAGGAGGAAGCUGCUGAGGAGGAAGAUGUCACAGAGAAUCUCAAAGGUUGCAGUGUUGUGCUGAACCGUCUUCAGGAGGACGAGAAGGCUGAGGAGAAAGAAGACAUGAACCGCAAAGGUGGAAAACUUGUGUCUCGAAUUCCUACCUACCAUAAACGACCUCCUGGUGCAAGCCAGACCUCGGAGCUGCCUGUUCUUAAAAAGGAAACCCCAGUCCAUGCAGCUCCGCCUCAUGAGAAAGCUGGAUUAGAAAGCGUAGAGGCUUCAAAGUCCAAACCACUGGAUGUCAGAGAAACGGCACUCCCCCUGCCAUCAUUCCGAGUCCCCAAAUUUGGCCUUGAAGCCCACUCUCCAUUCACCAGUGCUGAACAAGUUGCUGCGACAGCUCACAGCUCCUCAAUUACUACACCCAAGAGCUGGGGUUUGUCUGGGGUCAUUCAGAACCCUCUCUUGAUUGCAAGCCCCAGGCCUGCCAUCAGACCAGAGCAAGGGUCGGAGCAGCACUUACCAGAGGAAGACAACAGCAAAACCUCAGAAGUAGAAUUUGACAACCCACCAGAUGUCCCUGUAAGUCAGCUUUUACACCAGGGCUCCCUCAGCACAAAGUCACAAGAUGACCCAGCAGAGGAAUAUUAUGUUGAGGUUAAAGAGGGGAUUACAGUCACUGCCUCUGAAGACACCACAACAUCUGAGUAUGCAGAGAGUGCUCUCACAGCUGAGGUCGGCCAAGUGGAUGAUAUAAUGAGUGAAGAGGCUCCCUGGGAAAAGGAGCCGAUGAACACACUUGAUUCCAAGGACAGUCGAUCCUCAUCAGAUGCCGAAACAGAAGAGGAUUUGACACAUGAAAAGUCUGAGCUCGACAGUUUAGAGGAAGUGAAGGAACAUCCUGAACCACAGAUGGUCCAGUCAGAGUUUUCAAAACUUGAAAAGAAAAUGGCCGAGAUGGAUGAAUCCACCUCUGAAGCUAAAGUCUCAUCAACCAAGUCAACAAAGAGCUCCGGAUGCUCCAGUUUCAUCCUCUUCUUCUGCCUGCCCACCACCCUGCUGCUUCUGGGAGGGUUCGGUCAGCACGUUUGGCAUUACGGGCUUCCCAUGUCUAUGGCCCAUCUUACGGCUCAGCUGGAGCUGCACUGGCUGGAGGGCUUUGGAUUGGUCCCUGAGCCUUGCAGCACUGAUUGUCGAGUGCAUCUGGUGGAGAGCAUCCCUGAGGGUCUGUACCAGUCUUCCCCCUCGUCCAGACGGAGCAUCGCAGACAGCUGGAUGCACUUGCUGCACAGGUCCAGCAGCUCGGUCCACAUCGCUGCUUUCUACUUCACACUACUAGGCAGCGAUUUGGAGUUCGCCGGCUCUUCUGACUCUCAGGGACGGAGGGUGUUUGAUCACUUGAAACGUCUUCAAUCUAAAGGUGUAAAACUCCAGAUUGCUGUCAACGGCCCCCAGACAUCAACCCAAGAAACAUCAGAGCUGACUGCAACAGGGGCAGAAGUCAGAGAAGUGGACCUCAAAGCUGUAACUGGAGGCAUCGUCCACACAAAGCUGUGGGUCGUGGAUCAAAAGCACUUCUACCUGGGCAGUGCCAACAUGGACUGGCGUUCUCUAAGUGAGGUGAAGGAGGUGGGUCUGUUAGUGGAGGAUUGCAGUUGCCUGGCUCAGGAUGCGUUCCGAAUCUUUGGCGUGUACUGGAACAUUGGUGCUGUGCACAAUGGAUCCCAGCCCCCGUACUGGCCUGCUCGCCUCUCUGCCCUGUCCAGCUCCCAGAAUCCUCUGCAUCUGAAGUUCAAUGGAGUACCUGCUCAAGUCUACCUGUCUAGUUCCCCUCCACAAAUCUCAGCCCGUGGCCGCUCUGACGAUCUCGACACCAUCUUGUCUGUCAUCGGUGACGCCCAGAAGUUUGUUUACAUCUCCGUCAUGGACUACCUUCCUCUGUCUCAGUUCACAGAGCCAAUCAGGUACUGGCCCGCCAUCGACAUAGCUCUGCGUGGUGCAGCCUGCACCAGAGGGGUAGAGGUCAGACUCCUGGUCAGCUGCUGGGAACACUCGCCCGCCUCCAUGUUCACCUUCCUGCAGUCCCUGCUGGUGCUCAACAGACCUCCACUGAAAUGUGCCAUUGACAUAAAAAUCUUCACAGUGCCUUCAACGGCGGAGCAGAAGACGAUCCCCUUCGCUCGAGUCAAUCACGCCAAGUUCAUGGUCACAGACAGAGUAGUCUAUAUAGGGACGUCCAACUGGUCGGAGAACUACUUCACUCAAACUGCUGGUGUGGGUCUGGUUGUGAACCAGACGGGCUCAGUGGUUGGGAAGGCGCAGCAGACGCUGCAGAGCCAAGCAGAGGAGCUCUUCCUCAGAGACUGGAGGUCUCCGUACGCCAGCACGCUCUCUGUUGACAGCGUGGAGGUCUGCCCUCAUGGCCGACACUGACGGUUUGCUGUUCAAUAAAUACAUUGCAUUCUAGAUGAGCGUCUCGCUUGCUCCAGUCACUUGAACUUUAUUUUACUUGUGCAGAAAUCAGCUGGCUGUACUGUGUGAACAAACACAGUUCAUUUUAUUGCUGUUUCCUGACUUGCUUGCCUCUCUAUGUAUAUAUUUGCUAUUUUAUAUUUAGUUUCAGAACAUGUUCUUUUUUUAUUUUCUGUAAGCUUGACAAUUUUCUUAUGUGAGCUGCGGCGCAGGGGAACUGGCUCUGUACAAUUUAUUUCUAUGCCUGGAGCAUUUUGUAUAUUUUCCUUUAAAAUGUUGGUGCCCAGCUUUAAUGAAGGAAAUUAAACAUUUCCAGAGCGGUGAAUACACCCUGGCCAUGUUUAAUCUGCUGAAGCCAUUUGUUCCAUAACGUUAGUCCAACAGUACAAGCAUAUUGUAAAUAGUGGCAAUUUUUUAUUUCAGACUAAUAGAUGGCUCAAACAAAUCUAAUUUGAGCGUUAACCACUGCAGGCAGAAAAGGACUUGUGCUGUGUUUGUUAUUGAAGUGUUGUGGAUUUGAAAGAAUCAUUCAUUCAGCUAGAAUCUGUUUUACUGUAUUGAUCAUUGCUGCGCUGCUUCUUUUGUUCACGUCAUUGCAGUUAAACAGAGGGACCUCCAGACUGUGGAUGCAGCAGGGACAUUUCAUUGGUCCCUGACAAACACAAGUUUGCUGGAAGUUUAUCAGUAGAAAUCCAACCUGCUCCUCAGCUAGUGAUCUUUGAAAGCAUCUUGAUGCACUAUGAAAUGAAUGGGACUCUUGAUGAAGCCCAACAUUCUCCUUGAGAAACCACAUUAAAACUCACUGCGUCCAGGUUUCUUUCAAAAAGACCCAUAAGUUAUUCUCAGAGAAAUCAAGGAAAAUGUUGAAGAAAGAGAAAAAUAGUUCCUGGCUCUGCACCUAAAUUGAAUCAGUUCUUUUCUGACCUGUACCACAUCCUUUCACCAAGUUUUUGUGUAAUUCUGUUUAAAAACAAAGAAACAACAAACGGACGGUAGUGAAAACAUGACAUCCUUGGCGAAGGUAAUAAAAUCUGCCCAGCUGGAGAUCUUUGACAGCUUCAUGAUGGAUGACAAAAUGAAUGAGAUGUUGUUGAUUUAUUGAUGAAGGGACAGUCAUGAUUUGUUUAAAGGAUUACUUCACUGAAAUGACCAAAUUUGUAUUAACCUCUCCUGGUAUCUAGCUGUUACAUAUUUUGUUUUCAUUGUGAACUUCAGAUACUGGGCUGACUCCACUGAAUGACAGUGGUGAAUGGGAUUCUAUUUUUAUUUUUGAAAUGCUGUAUGCAGAUAAUGCUCCCAAUGACAAAGCUAGCAUGCUACGUAUGCUUAGCAGGCAUAAUGCUCGUUUAAUCUGUUAGCAUGCUAACAUUUGGUAGCUGGCAAAGUACAUCAGAGGCUGCUGGUAAUUUGAAAAACUGUUUGUUUUCAAUGUGUUUUUUCCAGGAAAAGCAUCAGUUUCAUCAUUAAACAUUCUUCAAAUUAAA